AGAGUUUAAAACUAUUUCCGUUGUAGCUGGGAGAACGCACGCAGAUCACCCGACAUGACUUCGUAUACUGAUAAAGGACCAAAACCGGAAGCUGGAAAGUUCUUAUCUUUCGAUCAUUGCACGUUUUGGGUUAGCAAUGCAAAACAGACUGCAGCUCAUUAUUGUGCACGAAUGGGUUUUGAGCCUUUUAUGUAUAAAGGUUUGGAAACAGGAAGCCGCCAAAUCGCAGCACAUGCCGUCAAACAAAAUAAAAUAAUUUUCGUUUUCGUGUCUUCGUUGGAGCCGAACAAUCCACAAGAAAUCUGCGAUUUUAUUGCGAAACAUGGUGAUGCGGUCAGAGAUGUCGCUUUCAGUGUUGAAGACCUUGAUGCAAUCUUUAAAAAAUCAGUUGAAAGAGGUGCUGAAGUUGUAAAGGAACCUUGGAGUGAGAGUGAUGAUGAUGGCGUUGUACGUUUUGCUCAAAUCAAGACGUAUGGUGAAUGUACCCACACACUUAUUGAUAGAUCUAAAUAUCAUGGAAAGUUUUUGCCCAACUAUGGACCUGCUCGUCAAAAGGAUGUUUUACUUGAAAGUCUGCCAAAGACCAAUCUGGAAUUUAUCGAUCAUAUUGUUGGAAAUCAACCUGAUAAUGAAAUGACAAGUGCUGCAGAAUGGUACGAGAAGAAUUUGAUGUUUCAUCGUUUCUGGAGUAUUGAUGAUACCCAACUCCAUACCGAUUAUUCUGCGUUGCGUUCAAUUGUAGUUACGAACUACGAAGAAACAAUCAAGAUGCCAAUAAACGAACCGGCUCCUGGAAAGCGCAAGAGUCAAAUUCAAGAAUACGUUGACUACCACGGCGGCGCAGGAGUUCAACAUAUUGCUCUUAAUACCAGUAACAUUGUGGAAACCAUUACAGCACUUCGUGCGAGAGGACAACACUUCUUAGAGGUUCCUGACAGAUAUUAUACCAACUUGCGUGAACGCCUAAAAACAUCCAAAGUUAAGAUUGUCGAAGAUUUGGACGUUUUGCAAAAACUCAAAAUACUGAUUGAUUACGAUGAUAAUGGCUAUCUGUUGCAAUUGUUUACUAAGAAUAUGCAGGAUCGUCCAACCUUAUUCCUUGAAGUUAUACAGAGACGAAACCAUCAGGGAUUUGGUGCAGGAAAUUUCAAAUCACUCUUUGAAGCUAUUGAAGCCGAUCAAGCUGAGAGAGGAAACUUGAAUUAA